AUGGCCCCCGUCAACGGUCGCAAGCGGCGCCGUGCACAUGAGGACGGCGACGACGCUGGGGCGGCCCCCGCGCCCGCACCGCACCGUGUCGAGGAACCACGGGAAGAGGACGACAACGUGGACGACGACGAGGCGGACCACUCCUCCGCCGGUGAGGCCGAGGAUGAGGAGGGCGAAGACCUUUACGGCGAUAACUUCAUGCAGGACUACCUCGAGCCGGACGAGGAGAGCGAGGUGCCGGAGGACGAGGUGGAGGACAACGACUGGAUCGCGGACGACGAGAGUUCAGUGUCCGAGAUCUCCGAAAGCGGCCGCCUCGCCGUCGAUGAGCUCCUGGAGCGCCGCCGUCAGAAGGAGGAGGCCCUCGCCGAGGAGCGCCGACAGCUGCAGGAGGGCAUCUUCAGCGACGUGGACAAUACGGACGAGGAGGAAGAAGAUGAGGAGGACGAGGUAGCAGUAGAAGAGGGUGAAGGCAACGACGGAGGCGGUGCGUCGCGGAGAGUUGGUGGCGGUGGCGGUGAGGGCUGCAACGGGACGUCUGCGCGUCCGGGCGACGACGGUGCGGGCGACGAGAUCGACGGCUACGGCGACCCGAACGACGACGCGUACGUGCGGGGCGAUUUGGAGGCCAUGAACUUCAACUGGCGACAGCCGCAGGGCGAACUUGUGGAGUGGCUCGCGCAGGAGCUGCCGCGGCGUGUCAUUAAAAAUCGCAUCUACAACUUUUACCACAACUACAUCGUGAACGACGUCAGCGUGUACGAGGAAAAGGUGAAUGCGAUGACGCGGGAGAACGACAUGAGUUUCCAGCUCAGCUACGAUCACUUGAGCCGGGUGUAUGACAGUGUGCUGGCGCUGUGGCUUGUGGACGCGCCAGACCCAAUGAUUGAGCUGCUGGAGGAGGCGGCGAACUACUUUACCUUCAAACUCUACCCGCAGUACCGGAAGGUUCACGCGCACGUCUUUGUGCGUGUCUGCGACCUGCCGCUCUGCGACCCCAUUCGCGACUUCCGUCAGAUUCACAUGAACGUGCUGGUGCGAGUGGAAGGGGUGGUGAUCCGCCGCUCCCCUGUGUACCCGCAGAUGGACGCCGUGAAGUACGACUGCGUGCGCUGCUCGUUUAUUAUUGGGCCGAUUUACCAGCGCGGGGACAAGGAGCAGCGGGUGAGCAUGUGUCCCAGCUGCCACAGCAAGGGACCAUUCCGCGUCAACAUGCGCCUCACCGAGUACCGCAACCACCAAACAGUUGUGCUGCAGGAGUCCCCCGGCAAGGUGCCACCGGGUCGCCUGCCACGCAGCCUUGAAGUUGUCCUCACGAACGACCUCAUCGACCUGGCAAAGCCGGGCGAGGAGGUGGAUGUGACGGGGAUUUACCGCAACAACUUCGACCCCCUCCUCAACAGCCGCCAGGGCUUCCCGGUUUUUACGACGGUGCUGCACGCGAACAACGUGAUUCGCCGCACGACGGAGCUCGGCAUGUUCCGCCUGCCUGAUGAUGAGCGCCAGCGCAUUAUGGAGCUGAGCAAGUCGCCGAACAUACGCCGGAAGCUGCUGCGGUCCAUCGCCCCGAGCAUUCACGGCCGUGACGAUAUUAAGCUGGGGCUGCUGCUCGCUAUGAUGGGCGGCGUCCCCAAAGACAUCGGCGGUGACCAGUCGCACCGCAUCCGCGGCGACAUCAACGUCCUCAUGGUGGGCGACCCCGGCUGCGCCAAGUCGCAGUUCCUGAAGUUUGUCGAGAAGACGGCGGACCGGACGGUGUUUACGACCGGCCGCGGCUCCACCGCCGUCGGUCUGACAGCCUCCGUGCACAAAGACAGCGUCAACGGCGACUUUGUGCUGGAGGGCGGUGCGCUGGUGAUCGCAGAUCGCGGCUGCUGCCUCAUUGACGAGUUCGACAAAAUGUCCGAUCAAGAUCGCACCUCGAUCCACGAGGCGAUGGAGCAGCAGACUAUCUCGGUGGCGCGCGGUGGCAUCGUCACGACGCUGUCGGCGCGCUGCUGCAUCAUUGCCGCGGCCAAUCCGAUGGGCGGCCGCUACGACCCCUCCACCUCCUUUGACGCCAACGUGAACUUGACGACGCCGAUCCUGUCGCGUUUUGACCUGCUCUUUGUUGUGCGGGACGAGGUGAACGUUGAGCUGGACGAGCGCCUGGCGUCGUUCAUCUGCGACUCGCACAUGCGCAACCACCCCCGCACGCAGGAGGAGACACGACAGUUGGAGCGCGAUCGCCACGAGGAGCUUUCAAGACUGCGGUACGCGCUCGAGAACGCCUCGACGGAGGGCGAGCGGGCAGAGUACGAGGAGCGCCUACGACACCUGCGUGAGAGCAUCGAGGACCGCUCCCGCUUCGAGGACGAGGACCCGAACAGUGACAAGCCGCUGCCGCAGUCGCUGCUGCGCAAGUACAUCUUGUUCGCAAAGAGCCACUGCUUUCCGCGCAUCUCAAACGUGGACCCCGACACGAUUGCGCGGCUCUACGUCGAACUGCGUCAGGAGUCGAAGCACGGCGGCAUCGCCAUUACAGUGCGCCACAUGGAGUCGGUCAUUCGCCUGUCCGAGGCACACGCCCGCCUGCAUCUGCGCGAGUUCGUGACGGACGAGGACGUCACCGCCGCUGUCUCCCUCUUCCUCCGCUGCUUUAUUAAUACCCAGAAGUACAGCCUGCGCAACGCGAUGGAGGCGAACUUCCGCAAGUUUCUCGAGUCGGACACGGAGAGUCUGCCGCUCAUUCGCCAUCGCAUUAAAGUGGCGGUGCAGACGGUGCGGCACUUCGAGCGGCAGCUGUCGGGUGGGGUCGAGCCGACACAGGUGCGCAUCGACGUGGCCGAGCUCGACCACUACACGAGCAACAUAUCGCAGGAGGCACUGAAUGUGUUUUACACCAGCGCUGAGUUCCGCAGAGAGUACCGACUUAUUCGCGACCCAGUCACGCACGUUCCUCUGCAAAUCGAGCACACCCUGGUCUAA